AGAGUUCCAAGAGAAUAUCACAUGGCAAUGAAAUGUGUUUCAAGGAGAUGAAUUUUGCGAUUAUCGAAACAAGUUUAACUUGGCUGAAUCUUGGAUUUAUGCAUUGUGUGAUGAAUUUUGCGAUCGACAUAUCUGGCGGUGUCUUCUUACACAUGCUGAAUCCGUUCUCGUCCAGAAGAUCAUGGAAAAGAAUCCAUGAAUAUCCGUAUAUCCCAAUGAGAGAAGGCAUGGGUUUUGCAGCAUUGGGUAAGAGACUGUUUGUGUUGGGUGGAUGUGGUUGGUUAGAAGAUGCUACUGAUGAGGUUUAUUGCUCUGAUGCUGCUAUAAACACUUGGUUUGACGUAGUACCUUCUCUUUCAACUAAAAGAUGCUACUUUGCUUGUGAAACGCUGGAUGGAAAAAUUAUAGCAAUUGGUGGGCUAGGAUUGAAUCCAAACGCUAAACGAACUUGGGACAUCUAUGAUCCUUUGACCAGAACCUGCAAAUCUUGUUCUGAUGUAAAUAUUGUCCCUGAAAUAGAAGAUUCAUUUGUAAUGGACGGAAGGAUUUAUAUUCGGGGUGGUGGUGGUGGAUCUUCCAGUGCAUCUAGCGGAAUUUGGGAACAUAUGGAUGAUGAUAUGGCAUCAGGAUGGCGAGGUUCAGCAGUUGUUGUGGCAGAUGAGCUCUAUGUUUUGGAGCUACGCUAACAAUGUGGUGCAAGGAAACAAGAAUGUGGAUUCGUAUCGGGAAGCUAUCUCAAUUGGUGAUGAAGCAGCCUUGUCGGCUUGUUUCUAUUGGAAAUAGUAUCUUUGUGAUUGGUAAGGAUUGCUCUACUGUGGUGAUUGAUGUUGAGAAUGUGAGGAAGACGACAAUGAACGGAGUAAUGGUGU